AUGGAAACUAUCAUCAACCAUCCAGAUGGCAUAUUGGAGGAAAUCCAGCAUUACAAUCUGAGAUUGAAGAAAUCUGUCCUGAAAAGAAACCAUCAGGACGGCGAGAAAAUUAUGGAACGUCCAUCAAAAUUAACUUCUCUCCUUCUGGUUCUGGUCAGAACUCUCAGUCAACAAUUGGAGUCCACAACUGAAGUUCUUCAGAAUACCUGCCAGUUGGUGAAUAUAGCCUAUGAUCAACAUCAGCAAGAGGUAUCCUGCCCAGAAUGGGAGCUCCUGGUAAGGUGGCUUCAGGGAUUAAGCACCCAUCUGCUGCGUCUGGUUGAAGACCUUGGAAAGUCCAAAAAUGAGCUGCUUGGAAAACCUGAUGGUGACCAACACAGCCCAGAUGGGUCCGUGAAUUCUCCUAGGGAUGGCACCAAGGAGGAAAGAGAUACGCUGUUACAUGUAUCUACGAGUCAGCUCCCUUCUCCAUCUCCCUCUCCACGUGGAGAAGAAAAUGGGAGCAGGUCAGAGGAAAAGCAGGCGGCAGAGCUGGAGAAGUUGGUUCCCUUCCAGGAACAAGAAUUGGAAAAGGAAGAGGAAGGACCAGUGCUUGUAAACAGUGAAAAUCCCAAUAAAUCAGAAGAACUGUGUCCGGUGCCAAAGAAUGGCCGUGAAAAGGAUUCUUACUCAGAGGAUUCCUCCGCUGAGAAAAUCCAUGAAAACCUCAUUUUGGGAGACGGUGGGAAAAAGAUCACAGUGUCCCCAAAUCCCAAAGAGAUGGUUACAGAACAUUUUCUGAUGAUGCCCGCUCAAGAAACCGAGGCAGGAAUCAAAGGAACCUUGGAUGAGGCCGGACGUGAGACUUGCAACCUGCUAAGGAAAUUAGAGGCUAUAAAUGGGGAUUUUGAUCGAAACGAUGCAAUUGGCCAAUGCCUGGAGGAAAGUUCUGGAAGGUCAGAAGAUUUGCAGGAAAGCCGCUCCGUUGUCCCGUUGCUUGAGAAGGUGGAGGAAGAGAAGGAGGAAUGUAACAAAGAAUUUUUUAUGGAAGCGAACGAACUGGGAGAACCUGAACUAUCGUGUAGUGUGACAGCUCCUUGCAAAGUUCUGGAACAUCUCACAGUCACUGUUGCCAAUGAUUUCAGUCCCUUCGUUGUGGAUGAGGCAGAAGAACUUGUCAGCAACAUCCUAUCUGUUGAGUGUUCAUUGGUUGACCAACUCAACGUUUCUCCAAUCAGCAUUGCAAUCCCAUUUACUUCCCGUUACAGAGGAAUGUACAAAGACGUAAUGGUGAAAGUGAGUGACAUAAAUUUCCAGUCCAUUUAUUUAACUCCUACCUCUUUGGAAGGACAUCAAGGCAGCCAGAAGAGGUCAGCCGCCGUGGUGAAAACUUGCCAGCUGGGUAUCUUCUCCGUGGUUUCGUGCUUGAAGAAGGAAACGUGGGCCAUUCCGAGGAAAGGACUGUUGCGAAAGCUUAACAUGGAUCCCAGAAUUUCAUUUUGUUAUCCCCCAUCAACAUUCAGUUCUCGAGUCACAGUGGACGUAAAGGUGCAGUCGAUUGAUCAAUCCACACUUUCAAUAUUGAAAACAAAACAUGACGAAUAUCAUUCAGUCAUAUCAACCAGCUCUCUGGUCCACCUGGAAUAUUCUUCAUCUCUGCCACUCAACAGAGCUAUCACUGUAGUUCUACCUUGCCCUCCAAAUCAAGAAAAACGAAGAGAGGGUAUUGAGACAGAUUCCGGAAGGGCAGCGACUGCUUCUGUCCCCAGAGUUACAAGCAUUCAUAAUUUCCGAGGUCUCAGUGCUUCCCCAAGGAAACACAGGGAGAAUCUGAAGGAACCACUGAAAGUCCUGGGCUACAGAAACAGUGAAGAAGAAUGGAUGCUACUGGAUGACAUCACUGUGAGAAAUGCAAGGAACGGUCUUGUGUCCGUUGACUUGGAGGAACCCUUAGAGAGAUUUAUUAUCGUUCGCUUAUCUUCUGCUAUGGACAACGUACAUCUCGUUCAGUUUAUUCAGAAUUUGGAACAUGCCAUCCACAACACCAUGGUGACAGUAAUACUGUAUCAGAAUAAAGAAGACCCUUACAAGAUUCUCGUCUUACUGGUUCCUUCCAAGGAAUUAAGCAUGGAGCUGCAGUCUUUACGUGAAGAGGGAUAUUCUGGUCCUCCAGAGCCUUCAAAGCCAUUUAAAAUGAGAGAAGGAGAGCAGGUUUACUUUAAAUUCAGUGGAAACAUUUGUGCUUCAGAUGACGGGGACACCUAUGGAAAAAAUUACAAGCUUGCUUUUCAUGCACAGAGAAAACCACGACUUGCUCUUCAGAUCAAGGAAGUGGAUGAAUUUGGUAACUACAGUUCACCCCAUUAUAAAGGAACGGCCUUUUUUUACAAAGUGACAAAAGACGUGGCCCUCAUCAACGUACAACCUCUUCCGCAAGAAGACCAUGAACAAGAAUCCCUCCUGUGCAAACUGGCUCUGACUUUGCCAAAGAAGGAAAAACUGAUCAGCCGCCCACAAAGCACAAAGAGAAUCUCCACAGAUAUAUCAGAGGUCAUGUGGGACAACUUGCUGUACUGGUUAUCGGAAGAGCUGUCCGAAGAGAACGCCAACUUUCUUGCCCAAUACCUGCGUCUCCACCGAAGCACCCUUCAAUUUAUUAGACUGAAGUGCCCUGAUCACCUCACCGAGCAGAUCUACGAGCUUCUGUGCUCCUGGAGACAGCGUCUCCCAAGAUCUGCUGACAAGCUCAAGCUUCUCUCGCGCUAUCUCUGCAAAAUCGGCAGGAAUGAUCUGGCUCAACAUCUCCAGUUCAAGUGGACCAACCAAAGCGUCAUGAAGAAAAUUCAUCGGUAG